AUGUCAUGAAAAAGUAUUGUAAGUUUAGAAACCAGUGUAUACUUCACUGCUCUCCAAAGGCAUCUUGAAAAAGGUCUAAGACUUGUUGAAAUAGCAUCCAUCAACAUCUUAAAUUAUGCUUGAAAUUCUUUUUCUAAGAUUAAGAUUUCUAAGAUUACUGGAUUCUGUGUCGUCAAUGAGACUUGCAUGUGUGCAUAAUCACAAGUGAUCAUUCAAGACCCCCACUCUUAAGACUUGCUGGUACCACUCGGUGCUGAGGACCUGUCCCUGAAAAAAAACCCAAGUAUAAUUACAGUUGACAAAUCAGAAAUCAUGGUUAUUCAAAGCUCUUGCAAAAGUGUAAAGAAAAUGUCAAAUUCAAGUUCUCUUUCUUCAAGUGGAUGAAGCGUCAGGUGCCAGAGGUGAGCCAAGCACACUGACAUCUGUUACAAAUCUGAAGCUGUAAAAUGUCUGAAGCAGUGGGCUCAGAGUGGUUCUGAUACCCACAUGUAUUUCUGAGCUAUGUUCAGCAACACUUAAUUUUUGUUACUUGUACAUACUUUAGUGGCAUUUAGAAAAGGGGACUGUGAUGUGGUUAGAAAUGUAUCAUGUAUUAUAUGGAUCUACAAGAAUCGUUUGCAUCUCUUGCUGGAACAUUUAUUAUUGACCCAGAGUUAACUUCCUGGCAGAGAUACACAGUUACUUUGCUAUAAAAUGUCUAAGGACUUUAAAGUAUCUUACCAAAUGCUUAAUCGUAAAACUAUGCUUUCCACAGCACUUUUGAACUAAAAUGUGCCAGUAUAAUCUCAUGUCCACCAGCAUCCACUUAGUUUCAUAUCUGUACAAUUCUCAUUCUUGACAGUGUUGGAAACUCACCCCAAGUUUUUCUGGGGAAUAAAAUGUUAAACAUUUUUGCUAGCAAAAUUAAAUAAGACACAUGGGAAUGUUCCCCACACUUCAAAUUACAGUAGUUUUUUGGGGGGUUAUUUAAAUAUUCAUCAGAAUAAUGUGUAUAAAGCAAUCCAACCUUCUGGGACAGGUGUCUGAUGUUGUCCGAUGUCCCAGUUCUAUGAAUGUCAAUCCUGUGUCUUUUGUACUUUAAGAUUGUUUUUCUCCUUCCCUAAUGCACUUGUUUGCAGUCAUCAAGUAUCAAGGCCUUCCUGAACUGAAUUAAACUAGUGCAGGGAAAAUACAACCAUGUCAGAGUUACAACGAAUGCGAAGCACUGCUCCAGCUCAGUAGAUGGCAGUAAAGUUUAGUAAGUUGGUGUGGUAACGAGUAGAAACAAAAAAGAGUUUAGGUGGUGGUUUCUGGCUACCCGAUCUCUCUCCAUAUCGAGAGCUAGCUAAAGUUUCCAGACAUACAUAAGCAAUGAAUAUGGGUUCCGUUCUCCCGCUGUCUUCAUUGCGCCUGCUGGUACCGCCACUCCGUCUGAUGUCUGCCUUCAUGUGGCAAGCUGUCCAGCAACAAAAAGUGGAGCAUUUUAAAAAACUUGAAGAGUACGUUCAACUCAUAACAAAGAUGGUUCCAGAGAUUCUGACCAACAGGCAAAAGACUACACUAAUUAUGGGUCUGAGAGCAAAGAUGAUACUUGAAAUGUGCAAACAUGAAGUGUCAACCGACUUAAAGGCAUGUGUGCACACACCUGAGUCCUCCAAUGGGACUACUGGUUCAGAGAUGGAGGCUUUACAGGGCAAAUUGCUGAAGCUUGUUUUAAGCCUCCUUGAGGACCCAGUCAAAAAGAGGCACUUCUUUCAGGAGGUAUUCCCAAUUGAGUAUGGUCCUGACUUUGACAAAGCACUGCAAGUCUUGGUUGGCCAUUUCCUUUCCAGACUGGAACAGCUGUUGCCAGUUCCAAACUUCAAACAGGUUUCUAUAUGGCUACAUACCGAAUCAACUGAUUGGGAAGAUAUGUUCCAGUAUAAUUGGGAUCACAACUGCUUGAUGCCCUUGUUCCAAAGUGACUAUCAAGGAACCUUGGAGAGAAGUGGCCUCCCAUCCAUAGAGGAGGACAGAAUAAUCUCUUCCUUGUCUCUUGCUCCUUUGAGUGCUCAAAUCUUCCUCAGUGAGAGUAAGGCUGAUGAACCUUCCCUUUGUGUUGGGAGAUCAUGCCUGAGAAACCAAGAUGUAAGCCAGGAGAGUGAGAGAGCUGCUCAACCCCUCCAUAGCUUUACUUUGAACCAGGCAGAGGUCUGCAGUAAGACUGCGGACGUUGAAGAAUAUGACUCGCCAAAAUGCAGCACAGAUGAAGAAUUAAAUGGGAAUUUAAAUGAGAAAGGCUUUAAAGAAAGUAAUUUCUGUGAAACCAAAGUGGAGAUAAUACAGGCCUCUCAAAGUGAGGGUGAAACAUUAACAGAUAGGCUUGAAGAAAGACUUGAUCCAAGCACAGUGAUGAUCUUGAAUUCAGAUACAAAGAACAUUAAUGAAAGAGGUGAUAAAACGGCCGAUGAAGUGACCAGUGCACAUGUGGCUAGCACUGGGCAACUGCUUAAAGUCGUGGUACCGAGGGAAUGCCUACCAAUAGUUAAACAGAUCUGCCUCCCUUCAGUCUUGCUCACACGCUGCACAAGCAAUAAACCUAUACCACUUAGAACUGUUCCUGAUGAUUUAAGCUCAAACUCCAUGAUCAAUUCAAGCAUUUCAGGAAAUGGUUGUAAACAUAUAGCACUAAGUGCACUAGAGAGGAGGCUACACGAAUGUUCUCAGUGUGGGAUGUCUUUUAGCUAUCCAGGAGAGCUGAGGGCACACAAGGAAAAACACACUGUCAGGGGCCCUUACAAAUGCCUGGCCUGUAAAAUGAACUUUAAAACACAUUUCCAGGCUUCUAUGCACCAACGUCAGUGGCACAGCGAGAUAAAUUACUCUUGCCCAAGCUGUGACAAGAGUUUUAAUUCUAUGAGAGCAUGGACAAGACAUCGCAGAGAACACCAAGAGAAAACGGUUUAUCGGUGUACUGACUGCGGGAAGGAAUGUACAAGCCUGACAUCUCUAGUGAUCCAUUCUAAGCUCCAUAACCACUUGAUGUCUGGGAGUCUGCCCAGUCAAAUGUACAGAUGUACUGUCUGUGCCACCACAUUCUCGGAGAUUACAAAUUUCACCAGCCACAUGAAAACUCACCAGGGCAGUAGCCAGGAAGCCUGCACCGAUCUGGCCCAGGGUGCACCUCCUGCCAAGCGUCCAUCGGGGGAGUGCCGCUUCUGCGGCCAGAUGUUUUCAGAAAUUGAGCUGCGCAGCCACCUGAAGACCCAUCCAGAGUUCCGGCCUCACCAGUGUGACCAUUGCGGGAAGUGCUUGGCCAGUCUGCAUGGCCUGUUGGCCCACAUUUCCAAUCACACGGGCGACAAGCCCCAUGUUUGCGUGAGCUGUGGCAAGAGGUUCUUCAGCCAGUCGCAGCUUAAGUCGCAUUCGAAGGAGCGGCGGUUCUGCUGUUCCUACUGCGGCAAGUGCUUCCUUUCCGCCGGCAACCUCAACAUCCAUGUGCGGAUGCACACUGGAGAGAAGCCGUAUGUGUGCACUGAGUGCGGGAAGGCUUUCAAGUCCGCCGGCUGCCUGCAGGUUCACCGCCGCUGCCAUACUGGAGAAAAGCCGUAUCAAUGCACGGUGUGUGGGAGAGGCUUCACCGUGUCGAGUCACCGCACAGUUCACAUGAGGGCGCACACUGGCCUUCGGCCCUUUGCCUGUAAUAUCUGUGGGAAGACGUUUGUGAGGAGAAGUUGCUGGAAUGAACACUUGUACAGGCACUCUGGCAUAAGACCGUUUACAUGCUCCGUCUGUUCGAGGAGCUUUAUUCGCCGCACCCAGUUGAAAAGACACAUGCAGAGCCACAGUGGUGACCAAAGUGAUGGAGUUAUUUAGCACCCAAAAAAGACCAAUGAAAGUGAAUAUUAUACUGUAAACAAUUGUCUUACUGAGAGUUUCUUUGUACUGGUAGUCCUUGACUUGAAGUUUAACUCAACAUAUUCAUGUAGCUGUUGCAGUUGUUGCCUGUUAUCAUUUGUUGUACAAUUUGCCAUGACGUCAAAACGUCAUAAACAUUGACUGACUUCAUUCAGUUCUGCCUGUUUAUUAGAAUGGUUGCAUCAGGUUGGCUGUACCGUAGCAUGGACCUUUAGAUCUCACAGUUAUUUAGAAUAGUCUGUUUUAUAUUUAUCUCUGAUGUGCUUGUUUUUAAGUCACCAAGAUGAAUGCUUCAGAACUAAGAUGCUCUCCUGUUAGGCCUUACUGAGACACUGUUUAUUUAAACUACCUUGUCUGAAGUUAUAUUCACUGAUGAAAGUAUUUUUGGUAUGUCAUACUAACAAAAUUGGAUUUGUAAAUGUAUAUUGAAAACGUAACUUAAAGACGUAGGAAUAGAAGGAACCAGUUGUUUUCUUUUAAAAUGGGUCUGGCCUAAUUUCUUAUUCUGGCUUUUCAUUAAUGAGAGUGCAAAUCAGUCGCCCCAGGGAACACCUACGCGUCAGCAAAAAAUAACAAAAUACAAUUUUGUGGUUCAUAUGUUCAGUUAAUGCCUUUCUGGGAUGAUACAAGUGAAAACUACCGCAGGGUGUUUAGAAACAGACCAAAAAACCCCAUGAAGAUUAAAGCUGAAAUAAUUCGU